AUGCGCAAUAUCAGUGUACUUAACUUAGCGAGAAACAACCUCACUGGAACUAUUUCUAAUUUUGAAGUUUCUAAAGAUAGUUCAUUGGAAAUUCUAGAGAUCAGUAGAAAUCAGUUAGGUGGCCAGGUUCCAAAAUCUCUAGCUAAAUGCACUAAGUUGGAGGUUUUAAACAUGGGAAACAAUAAUAUAAUAGAUAGCUUCCCAUGCUUGUUGAAGAGCAUUUCCACCAUGCGUGUCCUUGUUUUGCGGUCCAACAACUUUUAUGGAGGAGGCAUGGAAUGUCUCAACACCAAUGGCACCUGGCCAGGGCUUCAAAUCAUAGACCUAGCUCACAAUAAUUUCCGUGGUGAAAUACAAGGAAUACUUUGGAGAACAUGGCAGAAAAUGAUGGUUACCGAAGAUGGUUUUCCAUUGACAUUCAAAGCCCACGAGCAUAGAGAUAAUGAGCAGCAUCUAACAUACAUAGGCCAAAGAAGCCACGGUUGA